AUGAUCAUGAAGCACGUGCUGAGCCACAUCCCUACUGACUUCUAUCCCAAGGCAGCGGUGCGAGCCUCUCAACAGCUCUGUCACGUCACUAGGUAGACGCAAUAUAUUGGCCACAGAUAUGGGCACCUCUUUGUCUUGACAACCCUCAGCGCGUUGUUGGGUCAGCCGCCUUUGCCGUGGCAGGACAUCCCACUGGGGACCGCAAGCGGCAAGAAGCCUCCGAAAAAGGACGAACCCUUCCUCACAUUCGCUGAGACACAAGAGUGAGCUCACCGUACGAUUCAUCCUGGGAGGCCAUGCCGUCGUUUGUAUCUUGUCAGGACAUGCGGCAGCCGACUGGAUCACGCCAUUCAAUUCACGCAGGAGAAUCUCAUCAUUCUUGUGACGCGAAUGAGCAUGCACAACAAGAGGCUGUCAUCUCGGCGGCGCAUGAGUGUUGGGAAGAAGUCGAGAACCAUCCUUGCACCAUCUCUUCUUCAAACAUUCGAGCGUCUCGAAAGCACGAUCUUGUCUGCCGUGCUCCUGAUCCUGGCGAGAUACUUCCUGGACAAGCGAGACCUGUCACCUGACGACACGCUCGCCUUCCACGUGAGACACGCGCACAACACGGGCCAACUGACACGUCACAACGACCGUCUGUCCGUCUCUUGUUGGCACAGGGCGUGGAUCAUGACCGUGGGAGCCAGCUGAUGGACCUGAUCGGCAAGGAGCUGGGUGUGGACAUGCCGGCAGAGUGGGUCAGAAAGGAUGGCACCAUCACCAAUCUCUCGACGCACAUUGCAAGCUUCGUCAAGGGAGGCGGGGACGAACAGAAAGACUCACAAGAAGCCGACCAGGUGGGAGAGACAAAUUCGUAUGGACAAGCAUAUCGGCAUGCUCCCAGUUUCAUUCGCAGACUGGGGAGACUUUCAUGACGGAGGUGCCAGAGGCGACGACAACUCCCAAGGAUAUCUUCCUUGGCCUGUUGGAGACUCAGAUCGACCUCCGGGCGCUGCUCAAUCCACCCGCAGACGCCAAGGCAGUCGUGUCUCCUCCCAGGGCCAGCCGCGUUGGCAGCUUUAGAACACAGGACGCGAUAGCCGUCAUGAAGGAGGUUGCUUCGGCGAUGAGAGCGCAAGCCGAGCAGGCUGUCUUGCAGACGAAGACCGAGGCCAAACCGGCGUCCCUCAAGGAAGUGUCGGAGGCGACCCGCCAAAGGUGAGAGACUACGCGCCCCAGUGACACAACGAAGAAAAGCAUCGGGUUUCUACCAGGCGAGUGAGGGAGACCAACAGGACAGCGCUCCUGAGCAAGACCUCAAUGGUUGGCCAGCCCUCCUCUGCAUCAUCAAAGCAUAUUGCAAUCUAGUUUUGUGUGCGCUGGUGCUGGUCUCAGAGCCUGGACAAGGGAGCCAAGAUGAAUCAGCGGCUGGCAACCGUGUCCUCUCUAUGUCAGCGGCUCUUUGGGCUCGCCUACCGCUCUAAGUUCGAUCACGCGCCGUUCGUCCAGGCAGUGGUGCUCAGCCACCUUGUCAUUCGAGCCCUCCUUAUGCGUGUUGUGUACAAUCGGGCGGCGCAGACCAUCCAAGUUGUCUUCAGGUGGGAGGAAACCCAUGCAGAGGUGUCGCUGUCUUGUCGUGCUGUUCAGGUACCAUCGCAAGCGUAAGGUUGAGAUGCGUCUGCUCCGCCCCACAAUCUGCAUACAGAAAUGCGUAAGGUGAGCUGACAAAUGGGACACACAUAUGCAUGUACACGUGGUCUCUUCACUCGAACCUCUCUCGACGGCUGAAUCGCUGGUUGACGCAGGUCCUUGAUCCAGUGCACACGUUUGGCGGACCGCCACGCAGCCGCAACACUGAUACAAAGAAACUGGAGGGCCGUCCGCUCAAGGUUCGUCUAGGGAACACACACAUCACAUCACGAUCAAUCACUCGACCAUCCUAUCUUAUUUUUGUCACAGGAGGCGCAACCUUUAUUUCAAGCAAUGUGUCACGUUCAUACAAGCCGUGUGGCGUGGCGCACUGCAGAGAAAGUGGAUCGCAGAUCACGUUGAGGCGGCCAAGGAGAGGAGGACGUUCGGUGGCGGCCUUCAGCUCGUCUAUGCGUCCGUGACCAUCCAGCGGCAUUUCCGCGGCCAUCUUGUCAGAAGUGUCUUCAAAGCAGAAGGGCGAGACAGCAUCCGAAAGAUCCUGGCAAGCCACAAAACGCCACUCAUCGCUUAGGUUGCAAGCAGAGCUUUUCUCUUUGUGAUGAUUGUGUGGCUACAGUCGUCUGUGCAUGUGGUGAAUAAGUCCAUUGGAGCUUGCAUCGGAAGCAUUCCCAUUUCCAUACCUGCGUCCAUGCCCGACGAAGCUCCGACUGACGGCGUGUCCUUCCAGACCAUCGUCUCCUCCCAGCCCAUCCCAGCCUCGCUUAUCGCCAAGCUAACACCGCUCCUCAUCGAGAGAGCUUCGCAGAUCGCGACCUUCAGGCUUCAACUGAGAGCCAGUCGGAGCGAGUACCUGCGCAGCCUUGUCUACAAGAGGAUCGCUAGAAAGAAGCCGGUACCUCAGAUGAGUUCGAGCUCUCAUUCGAGCAAUGGAAAUGGCGAUCAGCCGAGCGAGCGGAGAGACGUCUCACACCAGCCGAGAAGUCCGCUCGAGCGGUGGUUGCGGUCGAGCAUCCUGCAAAACCCUCUGCGCCGUGUCGCUACGACAGAGGUCGAGGCUCUGCAGCCGCUCACGGUGGAGUCCUUCCUGCUCAAGAGCAUUGAUGUAGGUGAAGAGAACGCUGCGUGCCAGAGCUUUCGUUUAAAUUGUGGCGCUUGGUCAAAAACAGGCCGGCCACACUUGUAUGAAGGUCGAGAGGGGCAGCGAGAGAGCUGCAGUCAUCGAGGGGCUCGACACCAGCGCACUGCCGGUUGCAUGUCGCAGAGGGGCCACCAUCCGACAACAGCGGACGGUGAUCGAGGCAGCUGGUAAGGAGGAUGAGGAAGCGGACAGGGGAGCCGCGCCAGCAAUGACACAGAUCGACAUCGACAAGCCACUGGAGUCGAUCAUAGGCCGAGAAUCUGAGGCUGCAGAGAUUCCCGAAAACGCAGCUGCAGACGUGAAUCUCCUUCAGACAUAUUGCAACUGUAAGUCCAGCUCAACCGAGACAUACCCCCGGAUCCCAUGUCUCACCGUCUUGUGUCUGCGUCAGGGCUCAACGGCUUUAGGGACAGCAUGGGACCAUCUCUCGGCCCUGAGCUGGCCCAUCGCACCGUACAUGUCGGGAAGCCAAGGCGACUUACGUCCGUCUACAGUGCAACAGUUCCCACACAAAACACCUACCACAUCAAGACCAUCUUCCUGGGUAAAAUAAUGGCGGCGGUCAGACGAGACGCCAUUGCUGCCCUUAUUAUGUCUUUGUUCAGCUGCGGCCCUGAGCGAUGAGCACUAUGGUACAUUGAUCACCCGGCUGUCAGCUGACAAAGAUAACACCGCUGCCAUGAGAGACAAGGCGGAGUCCCUGGACAGCUACAUCGCCCACCUCUUCAUCAUGCAAUCGGGUGCCCAUGACACCGUGGCAGCUGGCGGCCUGCAUGCGGUGCCCAGGAUUGUCCGCCUGUUCCUGCCCAAGUUUGUCGUCCCCUCGCUCGAGAACCUUGGACGGCUCUUCGAGGCAAAAAUGCGGAAGGAAGCGGACGAUCCCUCUCGCCUGCUGAGCGCACGGUGGCAGACCUGCGCGGCGAUCCUCUCCUGCUGCUGGCGCCACCUUUUUGCGCACACACAUCAGCGGCUGACGGCGAAAGUCCGGGGCCCUGCCAGAGGACUGCCAUCUCUCGCCAUCCCCUUUCUGUUCUCUGCGCUGAGCCGCCAUUUGCAGCAGAUCAUCACGGACCUGACGCUGGUGCUAUGGGAACUGGGGCGCAACUUCUACACCACGAAAUAUUCCAAGUACCGAGGACUGAAGUCGCGCAUCCCUUUGUCUGCGAAAAUGAAGCUCGUGCUGGACGUGCUGGGCGGGAAAUGGGGCGUGGGGGUGAUGCCAUUUGGUGAGACAAACGGACAGGCCGACGGCAGGUCUUGUCGGUCGGUGCGAGUGCCGGACCCCACGAGCCACACGGGCGAAGACAGCGGCCUGACGCUGAGUGACUUCUUGCAGCAGAUGAGCUACCUUUUCCUCUGCAAGGACGCACUGCAACACGGGAUCGACUUCGCCGAUAAGUGGAAGCAGGCCCAUCUGCGAAGGAAGGCGAUGACCGGCCAGCACAGUGGCGCCAGUCUACCAACGUCGCCAGCGGCAAGAGGAAGACACCACCCACCGGACAAUGCCGCGAUCGACUCCUUCAUGGACGUCACAACAGAGGUGCGAAAGACCAUACAUGCACGUGUCUCUGUGGAUUGGGCCAUACGUACGUUAUGCCCUGCAGGACAAGCGGCGUGACGAUGAGCUUUCCUGUCUCAUGUCGUAUCUUUCCGACGUCUUUGCAUGGCUCGGUGAGAGACGGCAGGGCACGAGGUCCGCACUGGCAGUGAGUCUUGUGGUUCUCUUGGCGCUGCGGAGAGGCCUGCAGCCCCUUCUGAAGAGCAGAACCAAACAAGACAUGGAGAGGUCAGCCACCAGCAGUGUCCGGGUGUCAUUGUUUCCUUCAUGGUCUGCAUGAUGGUGCUUGCAGGAUCAGGAAGAGUCACGCCAUCAAGGGCCAGCUCCCGCCGCCGGACGAGCAAGAGGACUUCCGCAAGCUCGUCGCCUCCAACGCAUCGCUCCCACAGCAGCCCGCACCACCCAUGGAGGAGGGAGCGGAGGAUACGUUCCGAGUCGCUCGAGCAGCACAGAGACCGUCAGCGGCGGUGUCACCCGACAGCGAAGCUGUUGACCCGUACGCUUCUGUCCUGACACCAACAACCAUGCCGCUGCUCCGCCGACUGCAAGCCUUCAUGCGCGGGGCAUUACUGAGAAGGAGGCGAAACAAGGGCCUCAGGCUGGCGAAUCAGUACUGCAAGGCUCUCGGGUGGCCCAGCGCACACGAGCCACCACCAGCCAUGGUGGCAGUGCAGCCUCUUGAGGCUGCCGCUGCUGCUGAGGUCCCGACGAGCCUCGCCAAGCAGCUGACCAGGCUGAUUUCAUAUGGUCCUGCUCGUGUGGAGGGAGCUGAAAAGCGGGACCUCCUUCCGGCCGGAACAAGAGGCCUCGAGGCAAUAGCAGAGGUACUUGACUGUUCAUGCAUGUGUGGGAGGCAUCACAAAACGGACCUGCUCUGCUCUCGUGUGUGGAGGAUGUUUCGUCAGGGGCCUGCGCUGCCCAUCAGGCGGCUGUCGUCUGGUCCAGACGGCACCGUCACGCUCGAAGGCGACGACCGUGUGUGCAGCGAGCUGCUGUGUCUCGUGCUCUGGCACGUUGGUGUGCAGGCCCGAGUGCAUGAGCUGGUCCGUGACAUGCAGAGGCUCUACGGCUCGACAGCCGAGCUGUACUCCCAGCUGAUGCGGGAGGAUGCCAGCAUCAAACAGAUGACGCGCGACAUUGCAAAGGACCUCGAGUCCGUGCCAACUCAUGCAGUGACGCUCGUGCACCCCGCCCCCAUCUCUGAAGCAGAGAAGGCGGCAGAUCUGGCUGCAAGCGCAGGUGAGAGAGACACGGACCAUAGACGACCACACUUGGUCAUCAGCUGCUCGUGCCUCUUCUAGGAGCCCCAUCAGGACCACCAACAAAGGCUGAGGCAGCUGCUGUUGCGAGGAAGCAGCCUGUCGGCCGUCCAGAAGCCUUGGAGAAGGCCAAACGGCCGAAACAGUUGGCCAAGCAAGCCAGCCGCACCCUCGCCAAGAGCGAGCCCCCGCGCAAGCAGCCGCCGGAGGCAGCAACAAAGCUAGAGAGACGGGUUACCCGACCGUCGCGGCCAAGCGCAGCGCUCGUGCCUGUGGUGCCCAGGUAUGAGCCCGGAGUUGGACUGAAGAUGUCUCAGCAAGCCAUGGACUUCGGGCAGCAGCUCAUCAGAGAGUACGGCGAAGACACGGUAAAGCAGCAGCACAGUUGAGCUACGGACAGGCUAGUCCAUUCCGCGAUUCUUUUGCUGGUUUCAGACCCCGCUGACGGAGGACAUCAAUGCCGACGACAUCAUCCUGGCGGCGCAUCCAUCAGUGUUCACCCCCUCGCGAGAAGACAAAGGGCUCGGCAGGGGCCUCUCCUCCCUCACCAAGGACGAUGCCUUGGCUUGGAUGCAGAAAGAGCUCGGAUAUAGGAAGCUGCUCGAGGUCAACGCCAGGAAGUUUGGCCUCAACGUGGGCUGGGCGGCCGGCGGGCCUCCUGAGAUCCCUGCCAUGCAGGGCGCUGUGGUGCAACGGGGUCCGGACACAAUGACCAGGAUACUGUACAAGUCACGGUGAGCAAGCUGAGGAAGUAAGACACACAUGCACGUCAAACCCUCGCUUGCUUUGGGUGAUCUGAUCUGUUCAUCCAUCCAGGCUGUUUCCUCUGUGGGUAAGCUGUCUCGAUCCCGAAGCUUUGACCUCAUGGCUCGCGGGCGGGAGCGUGCCUGUGUCUCUUUCGUUGCGUACAUGCAUGCGUCCGUGCAGGCAUGUUUACAGCCGGUGGAGUUCCUUCAGUGUCGGAUGCAGAUCAUCCAGAUGCUCAAUGAGGGCGCGCAGAUCGCAUACCUGGAACACGAACGCAACUUGAGAUUCGCCGCAUGCUUCAUGUGAGCGAGAACCAUCGACAGACAUGGACGAGUGACCCUUUGUGUGUGUCUCUCAGGUUGCUGGGCUCUUCCGUGUGUGGCAACCUGAAUAUCCUGGGCGAUCCCACGCACCUGUGCGCCAAGCCGCUGCUUAUUGAAAUGGCAUUCCAGCUGCUCGUAAACAUCAUGGACAGACAAGGGCAUGUCAGACAAAUCUCCUCCUGCCUUUCAGGUCGGUUACAUCAUCAUAUCCCUCAGGCCCAGUUCUGUGGCUGAGGGUCGCAGCGUCUCGCCUGACCGACAGGCCUCCCAUGCUGCUGUCCCACUGCUGAAUGACGUGCCUCUUCCCCCGCCCCCAAACGCACAGACGCUCGCAGCUUGUCGGUUCCUGCAGAUGGCCGUCGGCAGCCUCGUGGGCCUCUCAGUGCUGCACACCUCCCGCAGGGCCACACUCGAGGCAUACUUGUUCGACGCUGCCCUGUCGGUCGCAUACUUCCUGCCCGCCAACCACAAGCUGCAGGCAGGCGAAUUGAUCGAUGCAUGUCUCUCACCAAUGCCCGUGUCUCUCUCUUUGUUUGUCUCUCCUGUUGCUGUGUGGUCCUGGAGCAGGUGGCAGCGGAGUCGUAUUUCCAGCAAUGCACACAGCGUUAUUUGUCUCUCAGCCAGCCAGUGCGGUACAUGCGUGCCUGCCUCCGGUAUGCCGCCGUCCUGCACUGCCAGAGGCUCGUCCACGAGGCAGAGCAUUUCAUCACCAAGGCGCUGGGAUUGUUGGCCGAGUCGCAAAAGGCCAGCAAGCUCUCCCUCGCGCUCAACCACAAUGCAGCUGUGGCCAUCGCGUCUUCCAGGGCCCCAUUGGACGUCCGCCGAGCGUGCCAGGACCACAUGCAGGCCUGCCAGGACAUCCUGCUGUCUCCGGCGCGCCAGACCAUCAGCACCGCUGCCGUGGCGCACAUCUGCAGCACACACGCACUCUUGGAGCGAUCCCUGCCGAUAUCAGAUGAAAGGACGCAGGAAUAG